GGACUUGGGAUUAAUCUCAUUAUUAAAGCGGCGCUUCGCACCAUGGAUGCCACCAUUUAUCAGAUCAUAUUUGGAGAGCUCGGAGACCUUAACUGUAGUUUGAUAGAUGCUUUUCAAGACACUUUUUUGGAAAACGCUUCAUUGUCACUGCUGAGCACUGAUGGUUUAUAUUGCAAUGCCACAACCGAUGAGAUUGGAACCUGCUGGCCACGGAGCAGCACCGGGAGGAUUGUAGAGAGACCCUGCCCUGAGUACAUCAAUGGGGUGAAGUACAACACAACGAGGAGUGCUUACAGGGAAUGCAUGGAUAAUGGGACGUGGGCGUUGAAGAGCAAUUACUCCAAUUGUGAACCCAUUUUGGAGGAGAAGAGAAAAUAUCCAAUGCAUUAUAAAAUAGCGCUGAUCAUCAACUACCUAGGCCACUGUAUCUCUGUGGGAGCUCUAGUCGUGGCCUUCAUUCUCUUCUUAUGCUUAAGGAGCAUACGAUGUCUACGAAACAUCAUCCACUGGAAUUUGAUCACCACCUUCAUACUGAGGAAUGUGAUGUGGUUUUUGCUUCAGUUGAUUGACCACAAUAUCCAUGAGAGCAAUGAGCCUUGGUGUCGAUUAAUUACAACAAUAUACAACUACUUUGUGGUUACAAACUUCUUCUGGAUGUUUGUUGAAGGAUGUUACCUUCACACAGCCAUUGUGAUGACUUAUUCAACCGACAAGCUCAGAAAGUGGGUCUUCCUUUUCAUCGGUUGGUGUAUUCCAUUCCCUAUAAUAGUAGCCUGGGCUAUUGGAAAGUUAUAUUAUGAAAAUGAACAAUGUUGGUUUGGUAAAGAACCUGGAAAAUAUGUGGACUACAUUUACCAGGGACCAGUUAUUCUUGUGCUUCUGAUAAAUUUUGUUUUCCUCUUCAACAUUGUAAGAAUUCUUAUGACCAAACUGAGAGCUUCUACCACAUCUGAAACGAUACAGUACAGAAAAGCUGUGAAAGCAACACUGGUCUUGCUACCUCUGCUGGGAAUCACCUACAUGCUCUUCUUUGUGAAUCCGGGGGAGGAUGACAUCUCACAAAUCGUUUUCAUCUAUUUCAAUUCCUUUUUACAGUCUUUUCAGGGGUUCUUUGUGUCAGUGUUUUACUGCUUUCUAAAUGGAGAGGUACGUUCUGCAGUGAGGAAACGGUGGCACCGCUGGCAGGACAACCAUGCACUCCGAGUGCGAGUGGCUCGAGCCAUGUCCAUCCCAACGUCUCCAACCAGGGUCAGCUUUCACAGCAUCAAACAGACCACAGCUGUGUGACCGGGGGAGGGAAACGAGCGCAUAAUCUCCUCUACACUAAGGGAUCAGACUUAAUCUUUUUGUCCAGUAUAAACAAUGAAUUGAUUCACAGAAGAGACUGAUAUCCUAGAUUCCGCCAACAAGGCCAUAGUGCGACGGAAGAAUCAUGGGGAAAUUUCUGUUGCCUGUUGAGAACAAUUGGCGUCUAAAGGAGUAAAAUGGACAUGGCGCAUGACAUUCUGUACAUGAGGAACGGGGGUAAAUGGGGGUAUUGAUUUUUCUGGAUUUUGGAGUAUUUAAAGACAUUAAAAUGGCAUCAUCAAACUGUCACAUCUAAACGUUGGCAAAAAUCUUAUCGUCUGAUCUUACAAUGUUCUUAUCGCUGUCAUCUUACUGCUAAGUGGUUAUUAGGCAAGAUAAUCCUACGGGAUUUGUAGCAGGAUACAUCAGCAGCUCACACACUUGUAAGCAUGCUGCUCCAUUGUUACUUAGUGGAAGGGAAACAAGGAAUAUUUGCAUUUUAAUUAGACACAUUGACCAUGAUGCAUUCAAAAUGUUGCCCAAACAACCAUUUGUAUUUAGCAUGAUGAAUAUCAAAAUGCAGAAAGGCUCUUUGAGUUAAUCAGUGCUCUUUGGCAUCGACAGCUUCUUUUGACAGCUAAAAAAGAGGCUUUGGGGAAGAAGUGGGUUCGCCUGAAUUAAAUAUCAAAAACUGUACUUUAUAAAAGGUAUGAGAUUUAAAUGAGGCACUGCUCUCUCUUGAGGAAAGGGGAUUAAGAAUAAUUUAAGUGAAAGUGAACAAUUGGUACCCACCAAAGCACAGUCACAACAUGCUGUGAUAUGUUUUGGUCAAUGUGAGCUGACUAUUUUACACAGAUAAGCCAUUCUAAUGAAGCCUUCAAAUGUUUCCUCAAAGUAGUCAGAGUCUCUGGAUUCUUCUUGAAGUCUGUGUUCUUUUAUACAAUGAUACAUUUUUAGUCUGUAUACUGUUGUAAACAUUGUUAAAAUACUUGUUCACAAACUAAGCUUCCUCUAAAGGCUUUCUCUGAGCUUUUUGUUUCCACCACAAUUUUUGCUUCCCAUUUGUUGGAUUUUUUUUAUCCACAAAGAAGGAGGGUGUGAAUAUAAAGAACAAUUUAACAUGUUAUGUGUUUGAACUCCCAGAGGCUGAUGGAUGAGCGGUCCCAAAUUAAAUCUGUGUAGAUCAGAUAGUAUAAAUACAUUAUCUUAUGGAGUUGGAACAGUGAUUAUAAGGCAUUUAUGUAAUGUAUAUGCAUGCUAAGUGCCAUGCAUGGAUUUAUCAUGCAGGCACAGUGGAAGCAGCUUAAAGUCUUGGCUUUACGAAAUCCUUGUGGCUUUCUCUUAAUCAGUGUCACAACUAAGCUUCUGGUUCAAGAGAAGAUGAGCUAGAUGAAGUGAGCACCAAUUGCUUCCCUUAAUGCUUGCCCUGGUCAGGUCAACAUGCUGCCUUCCUCUAACACCAGCACUUACAUCUGCUUCGGCUGCUCAGACAAUAAUAACAAGAACCAUCUAUUUGCAGUGACCCCAAAUUACUGUUGUACUCUGCAGCAGGAUAAACAAGGGGAGAGGUAAAAUUAGUUUUGAAAAGAAUUUUGAGAAAUGGAAAAGUCUGAAUUAUGUUGCAAGCUUAAGUUUUGAUGCAGAUGUUCCUUUAUGUGUCUCUAAAUUCACUAAAUAUCAUCUGAAGAGUAUUUUGGUUUGUCAGGUGGUAUAAUAAAGAAUGUUUAGAGGGAUAGUUUGACAUGUUGGGGAAAUAGGCUUCGUCACUUUCUUGCCAAGAGUUAGAUGAGAAGAUCCAUACCACUCACAUAUCAGUUAAAUAUGAAGCUACAGCCAGUAGUUAGGUUAGCUUAGCAUAAAGGUUGGAAACAGGGGUAAACAGCUGGCCAGACUCUGUCUGAAGUAAUCUCUGUUCCUCACUCCAGGAAGUCACUGCUCUCAGCCAAGAAAGAGUCUGGUAUAUAACCCCUCUCAAAACUGCAAAAUGCUGUUUUUUUUUACACUUCAAUGAAACAAACAAACAAACAAAC